AAUAAUGCCGUGGGACUUAAUAGCCACAGAUUUUGGUGGAGAGGAAACCAUUAAUUUUGGACCAAGACAAGAAUCUGGCAUUGCCUUGUAUCAAGUGGAAACCUUAGCUACAAUAUCAUCCAGUGAUAAGGACCAGUUGAUACCUUGUACCACAGUAACUGUUCUAGGUGAAUUGGCAUGUAUAGCAGUUCAAGAACAUCUAGCUAUGUUUAAAGACUGUCAGCAGACUGCGUCAAUUGGAUUGGAUGGUGUUAUAGAUUGUAUAGAAUGGAGUUCUGAUGGUUCUAUGUUAAUGGUUGGAGACAGUACAGGAAAACUUUCACUUCUAGAUACUGACACUGGAGAUAUUCUUUUCUCAUUUAAAGUUGUUCCUGAAGGAUGCAGUUUGAAAACUUUCAAAAGAAUUCUGUUUAGUACAAAAUCAGAUGAUACUACAGAUUUGGUGGUUCUGGCAGGCAAUGGACAGAUGUUGGUUCUAACUGGUAUUACACAAGAUUUAUUUUCUGCAGAUGAAGGAAAAAUUGCAGCUUCCUUGAAGGAAAAGUUGAUACAAACCAGAGCAGAUCAUUUCCAUACAGAGGGUGUCAGUGAUGUUGUUUGUUUUGAUGAUAAAAUAGUAACUUUGGGAUGUGGUGAUAUUGCAAUUGGAGUAUGGGUGAUAGAAGAUGGACAGUUGGUUUUAGACGAUGAGAUCCCUAGUUAUGUUUUAAAUGGUGCUGGUGUAGAAGAGGGCAGAGUAUCAUCAGACGGGAAACAUCUAUUUGUCUUGACUGAUAAUCACGAAUUGCUAUUGCUGAACACUACAACAAUGACUGCUCUACAUAGCUGGUCUGACAUUAAGGUGGAACAGUUCCAAUUACUAGAAACAAAAAAGAUCAAGAAUCAAAGCUUACAAGAUAUGAAAUUAGUCCUACUGACAGUUGGAGAAGGAAAAACAACAAAUCUAAUGGUUCAAAGUCUGCCUUCAUGGGAAACAAUUUAUAACUUACAAUUACAUCAACCAUCAAUGUUAGCUUCCUGUCCUACAUCACAGGAAACGUUAUUUCUGGCAGAAUGUUCACCAAGUGAAGAAGAUAAGCAGAGUUAUUCAGUGAGACUAAGAUGUUUAACAGAAACAAAUCCAGAAACAAGAUUAUAUAGAAUUUUACACAAGAAUAGAUUUGAAGAAGCUGAAACAUUUGCCAAGAUGUACAGACUGGAUACUGAGUUGGUACAUAAAGUUAAGGCACUUUAUUUGUUGGAUCAGUUAUCUCCCUGGAAUAAUAACAAUGAAGAAAAGGUGCAGGCAAUGUCAACACAGUUUACAAACUGUCUAGCAUAUAUAAAGGAUGAUCUACAUGUUGCAGAAAUAUGUAUGAGGGCUGCUUUGUCAAGUUUGAAAGCAACACAGAAACUUCUGGAUUACAGCAAAGAAAGGUUACUGAAAGUGUCUACCAACAAAAGUGCUGAUCCUUCACAAAAGGAAAAACAACAAGUUUUACUAUCAAAGUUAUAUGAAAUCCAACACAGAUUGGUAACUUUCAAGAUGAUCAAUGGAGCAGAAAAUUACAGUGCAGAAAGAUGGGAUAUCUUUAUGAAAUCAGAUUUGAUGAAAGUUAUGAUGUCAAUGUUACAACAGAAUCAGCUGAAAAAGGGACUUAUUAUCUUGUCAAGACAUGAGUAUGAAUGGGAGAAGUGUGUGACACCAACUGUAAUAAAGAACUUCCUUCAUUUCAUACCAGACCAUAUACAGACCGGAGAAAUUCAGUGUAUACUUACAGAAACUAUUGUACCCACUGUGGCAAGAAUUUUACCUCAGAUAUUGGUUGAUGUCGUCGAGUGGAUUAUUCAGAAAGCUAAAAGUUCAGAACUACUAGAUAAGAAAGCUUGGCCAGUAAAUGCAUUACAGUUUCUGAGAUCUGUGUAUGGAGUAUUGGUAAAGGUUGUAGAUAUAAGUUACAGUCAUUCUAUCUACACUGCUGCUGACAUUACAAUGAAGACCCAGAUAGAAAGACUGGAAGUUUUAGAUUUGAUGAAGACAUUGAUUACCAAUUUACAACAUCUUCAUGAUCUUCAGACAAAGUACAACUGUAAACUCACAUUUGGCAAUUUUCUACAGGAAACAACAGAAACUGUCACAUUCAGGAUGUUGGAUAAAGUGGUUGCCAUAGAAAUGAUCAAUCAAACAUUAGAGAGACAGAUCAGACCUUAUAUGAGAGAACAUAACCUGAGAGAGGAUAUUAUCUUUUCUAAAUAUAUUAAGGACUUAUUAGAAAGAUCUGGAAGAAUGACAUCCUACCUUGGUGAGGCUGUGUGGGAGCCUAAAGUUGUAGCUAUUAUCAGCUGUAUCAGUAGUCAACAGUACAAAUGUGAUUCAAUACUGGAGGUAAUUAAAUGUGCUCCUAUACCAUGGAGUAAAGAAAUAAACAGUCUUGUCCAGCAAGCCCUUAAACUAGACCAUGAUUUAGUAAAUGAUAUUAAAGAACAAGUCCAUUUAAUGGAGUUAAAGAAUUUGAUGCAUAAAUAUAACCUGAAAAAGGAAGAUAUACCAUCAGAUAAUAAUUGGGAGAUGCUGAUGUACUAUAUUUUGAGUCAGAAUACAAGAGACAGUAUAGAGGAUGCCUUUAAUGUGAUGAGAGGAUACAAUGUCAUACUUACCCUGGAUCUUUAUGUGUUUAGAAUGAGACAUUUGAUCAAAAAUGGCAUGGUAAAUGAAUGUAUUGACUUACUAAAGUCCUUACCUGGGAAUGAGAGAUUGAAAUGUGGACAGAGAAUUGUGGAUUAUGUCAAAGUUCUACUUAAUGACACUGUAGAACUAGAUAUCAAGGAACUACACAAAAAGAAAACAUUGUUCACAGAAGCAGGAAGUUACAUUAUUAAACUAAUUGUUGAUUUUGAGGAAGAUUACAUGAAGUCUAAUGAACUAAGAAAUCUUCUGUUGGUCUUACAAAGUUUACUGGCUCUUCAGAAAGAAUAUGACCAGUAUAUAACCAUAGAUCAGUACUGUAAUGUAAAUAUCAGGACCAAACUACUGGUAACCUAUGCCAAACAGUUCUUCAUUAAAAGAGAAUCUAACAAGAAAGAAGCUAGCAAAACAAAAGUAUUCAGAUUAGCAGAUAUUUUACAAAUCUCACAUGUAAAGAUUCAAGGACAACUUGCCAUAGAAGCUGCAAAGACUGGUGGAAUUCAAACUGCAUUAAAAUACUGCAAUAUGUUACUUGAGUCUGAUCGUACAGAGGAGACUGCAGAGACACUAUACAGUGUAGCUCUGUCAUUCCUAAAACUGCAAGCUGACUCUGAGAACUGUGAUCUGACAGCUGGUCAACUGAGAAGUUUACCUGAAGUUACAUACAUGUUGACAUCAGAAGCAUUAGUUGUAUGUAGUGGUCAUUCAGAUCUGUUUAUGAAGUGUUUAGAUUUAAACAAAGCAGCAUCAUUAGCAUUAUCUGUAAGUCAGCAGUGUGAAGCAGGAGAAUAUAGUAUAUGUGAACAGGAGGAGGAAAUGAAUCAAGAGAAGAUAACUCCUUCUGUAGAAAUGGUUUCUGAUUGGAUGUCAGACAGCAUGUUUAAAGAAGAUGCUCUUGUGAUGAAUUCUACUGUAAUUCUACCAUUCAUCUCACAAUAUUGUGUGUGUCAUCCAACUAUUGAUGGGACUGCAGAGGAUGCAGAAUGCAUUGAAAAGUUGACAACUGCUGUUAAACCAGUACUGAAUUACCUAAAGGACAAUAGUCACAUACAGUUAGCUUACCAAACUCUACUUCAUAUGUUAUAUACUGUUCAUCAGAUAUCAUUAGUAAAUCAGAUGGGAAUCCAGCUUGUUAAUGAGACAAUAGAUGAAAUUAUGACAGAGAAGAAAAAUGAUUUGGAAGGAAUAGUUAAAACAACCACACCUCUGAUAAAAGAGUUUACCACUGGUGUUUUGAUGAAGAUAUUUAGCAAUAACUUUAAAGACCACCACCUAGCCCUAGCCUAUGUAUUAAGUGGUACAAAGAGAGACGGACAGGAAGCUGUGAUGAGGAUUAUCAAAACAUCUGGUCAUAACUAUAGAAGACUAAGGGCUAUUUCAUAUGUUGGUAUUGGUGCUGGUGAAAUUUACAAGGACCCUAACAUCAUAAAUAUGUGUCAAAGGUUAGAAGUCAAUGCCAAAUGGGGAAACAGACUGGCUAAAAUAAAGAUUAGUUUUAAGGAUGCUUUCCAAAUGCCAGUGAGUGAGAAGGCCAAAUUACUACCUCAGGUGGCUCAGUCUGCUGGGGCUGACACAGAGUUGAUCAUAGACUUUUGCCAAGCCUUUGAAGUGGAUACAGAUGAUGGUUUACUUAUGUAUCUGGAGCAUGUAUUUACUACAACAGAACAUGGUACUCUGUCAGGACCAGAUGUCAAAAAGAUACAACUGAAGAAGGCUAAGACAGCUAUAGAUGGUAUCCGUGAUGAGGAUACAUUGUAUGACAAAUUACGAAAAUUGUUUUAUAAGACUGAUCCUUAUGAUUAUGAAAAAUUAGAUUUCUUGAUGGAAGAAAUGCGUAGAAUAAAUGAUACACCAGAAAGUGAAAAGCAUGCAAAAGUAUUAUUUUACCUGAAGCAGUACAAGAGAAGAGCACCACCAAGUGAAUUUGAAAUUAACUAUAGGCAUCACAAAGAUAAUGAAGAGAUGAAGAUAUUGACUGAUUCCCUGUCACCCUACAGUAGUACCAGGAUACCAUUACAUCCACUCUUAGAUGGUGCUAAUGCUUGGAAAAUUAUAACUCCAGAACUAAGGAAAGAUACAAUUAGUAGUUGGCUUCCUGUUUCACAGUCACUGAAGAUGUCAACUGAUCAGAUUUUCAUUGUAACCAUCCAAAAUAUGGUAAAUUCCUAUGUAUCUACUGACAAAGAACCAGCAACUGUUAAGAGCCAGUGGAACUGGCAGAAGAAAGAUGCUAACAAAGAGCUUUUGACUAAUGUUAAGUCUUUACUGGAGAAAGUAUCCAAUUGUGAGAUGGCGAUGGCUUGUGGUAAAUGGAUGGUUACUCAGUUACCUUCUGGUGCUGAGAAAGUUAUGGGAUUAGAAGGUUGUAUAUACCUUGCACAGAAAUGGUAUCAAGCUUUACCAGAAAGCAGGACUACAGACAAAGAAAAGGCCAAGGCUGCUGUGAUUAAGUUCAAUGCUAUGUGGAGAAGAUUGGCUACAGAACAGAUAUUAUUCCUACAUGGAAUACGGACACCAGAACUUCAUAAACAGGCAGACAAACCUAAACAGUUGAUUGUAGCAUUGUAUGAACAUCCUUGUAUUGUUGACACUACAGAAGAUGCUGAUGUACCAGACAUCCAUACAGUUGUAGAAGAAGUUGCCAAUUUAAAUGACAUUAAUCUACAAUGUAUGAUGGUAGAGUUGUUACAGAAAUGGCUGCCAUCUGCUUCCUCGAAACAGCAGGACGCUGAUACUACUGCAACAUUUAAUUUUGACAACCUUAAACUUGGUAAUGAAACAGUGAGUACUGAUGAUGAUGAAGAUGAUCAGAAUUUGAAAAGGGUUAUGUACUUACUAAGAAGAGGCGACAGAGAGCAAAACCUUGUGUACCUCAUUGAGUUUGUUUUCACGUCUGACCAGACACAGGAGAGAACCAAUAUGUGUAAGUUAAGAGCUCUUCACUGUCUAUUGGAACUUGGAGAAGAGAAACUUCUCAAAGAUUUAGUCGCCAGAUCAUUUGAUGACCUUAGAGAACUGAUGAAGACUUUAACAUACUUAGUGGAACUGGAAAAACUUCAUAUUCUCCACUCUGUUGAAACAUUCCAGGAAUCUAAUAAAGAGGGACUCAUAAAAGGCAUUUGGAGGAAUCAUUACCAUCAAAAAUCUGCUGCAUUGUUAGUAGCUGGUAUGUGUCUAGAUUUUAAGGUUCAUGAGAAACAGCUGUGGAAUGGAGUUCUCCAACAAAUAUUAUCAUUUGAACUGAUGGAGAACCUGGAAUACAUUUUGAUGAGACUUAACAGUGUCCCUGAUGUAUGGCAAAUAGCAAUUUAUCCUAAAGCUUGGCAAACUGUUCUGGUUUCUCCACUGACCAAAGUGGUUGCUCCUUUAAGUUCAGAGCAGCUUGAGUCAUGUGUUCACAGUUUCAAUUUAUUAAAACGAUGUCCUAUCCUUCAUUGCCUAGAUAUGUCUGUGUUUGUACAACAUUUCCUACGACUAGAAAUGGAGGUCUGUGCUUUAAGUUGUCUGCUGUUCUCUGGAGAAGAAGAAUCUAUACAGAGUGUGAUUGCCAGAGAAAACAGACUUUUGGACAAUGCAGAGAAAUAUCUAUCAUACAGCAUGGACAGUUUCUCUGCACAACAGGUGAAGGAUCAUGUAUAUGAUUACAUUAUUAACAAUGAAGAAUUUUCAAUGAUUGUUGAAACCAAGUUUUUACCAGAGUUGACCAUUCAUGCUGUGAAGCAAAAAAACAUAGCUGGUCUAAUUAAAUUUGCAGUAGAGAAAGACAGAAAAAGAGAUGCUGACAAAGUCCUACAGUUGUUUAUAUCAGAGAAUACAGAUUACUUGAAUAGGUUGUUAAAGAUAACAUCUGGUGAUGACGGUUCAGAAUUCUCACUUCUAAAGGCAUACAUGGAGUUAGAAGGUAUGGGUGAUUUGGUUUACUUGUUGUAGCGAUUGUAGUCAUCAGUUCUUCAAACCUUGAACUUACAUUUCUGUUCUUCUAGAAAAAAAAUACUCCAUACAGAAUUUAUCAUGACAAGCAUUAUUUGGCUGUUCUGUGUAUUGUGUCAUAUUUUGACAAGCUCAGCUCCAUGUUAGAAUGAAACAGAUGGUGGCACAUGAUAAGGAAUCACUUUCAUUCUACUUCACAUAUGGUGUAUAUUAAUUCCUUGCUGUAACAUGGAGUAUGGAUAUUAUAAUUAGGAAUCCUGAUGACCCUAUAUCAACAUUUGUAUUUAUUUAUUUAUUUAUUGUUUACUUUCGUAUACUUUUGUACAUUUCAAAAUAAUUUAUAUGUACACUUUUACUGAAUGCAAACUUGAGCAAGAUUUACAUUACGGCUGUGUUAGUUAUUGUAGAUAAAAAUUUGUCUCCUGGGAUUUCGAUGUAAUUCAUAAAAAAAAUGCUUCUGCAAAUUGAUAGCACAAAUGUGGUCAAAUUUGGUUGUGUAUAAAUUUAAUCUCAAUUGUGACAAGUAGUUGAUAUGUUAUUCAUUUUACAAAUUUGUCACCAAUUUAUGUGAAAUAUUUAAAUGCUUAUAUUAAAAAAAAAAUGAACUAUCACGUUAAGAAGAAAGGGUUAUUUAAAGAUUGAUUGGCAAAGUCAUUUUAUAUGUGCUUGUGAUGCAAAUGUUUUGUUGAAAAGUGCUGGCAUUUAUUCAUUAAAAAUGUUUUGUUUCUUUGAA